UAUUCCUCUUACUCUCCUGCUUUUCUUUUUCUUCUCUGGCUUCUUUUUCCCGGCAUCCAAACAGACAAUUCGGCCAAGCUAAAAAUUAUGAGGGCUCUUCUGACCUAGUGGACCUCCGGUACCACAUGGGUCCUGUCCUUGCUUCUUCAAUAAACCUCUACAUAAUCUGGUAUGGCCACUGGAACCCAACUCAUCAAUGCACCAUAAGAGACUUCCUCAAUUCCCUCUCUUCUUCUUCUUCUUACCCUUCUGUGGGUGACUGGUGGCGAACCGUCCGGCUCUACACCGACCAAACCGGGUCCAACAUAACCGGAAACAUUGUCCUCGCAGGCGAGUUCCAGGACUCGUGGUACUCGCAUGGAGCUUACCUCACUCGUUUGGCUAUCCAAUCAAUAAUCAAAACAGCUGUAAGUAGUUCACAUGAUCAUAGAUCUCUACCUCUCAACCCUCACAAUGGCCUCUACUUAGUCCUAACUUCGUCAGACGUCCAAGUCCAAGACUUCUGCAGGGCAGUCUGCGGGUUUCACUACUUCACAUUCCCUACAAUCGUUGGCGUCACUGUGCCCUACGCGUGGGUGGGUUACAGUGGCUCGCAGUGUCCCGGCAUGUGCGCUUACCCCUUUGCGUGGCCCGACUACUCAAAGAUGCCGCCGCCGGGUAGCGGCGGUGUUGGUGGCGGCAGCGCGAUGCGGGCUCCGAACGGGGAUGCGGGCGUUGAUGGGAUGAUCAGUGUGAUAGCUCAUGAGCUUGCGGAAGUGUCAAGUAACCCACUUGUCAACGCAUGGUAUGCUGGGGAGGACCCAACUGCGCCUACUGAGAUAGCAGACUUGUGUGUUGGUGUUUAUGGGACUGGAGGAGGUGGUGGGUUUGUGGGUAAAGUGUAUAGGGGCAAAUGGGGAAUCGGGUAUAACGUGAACGGAGUGAGAGGAAGGAAGUUUCUAAUACAAUGGGUAUGGAACCCUGUAAAAAAGAGGUGUUUUGGUCCCAAUGCCCUGGAUUAGGAUGCCUAAUUAGUUUGUACAUGAUUCACUGUCAUAGUUAUGAUUUCUUUCUUCCAUUACCUAAUACUUUUAUGUAUGUUAUUAAAAAAA